ACUGCAUUACGAAAUUGCAUCCUAUUCUGAACUGUUUGAUCUGAGUUCUACAGAUUUGUUAAGUGUGUUGGCUACUUUUGACUUUUAUGUCCUAGUUUACCUUAAUUUCAUAGAGUAUCACCAUGUCGGUGGCGUUUGCACCUCACAGGCAGCGUGGGAAGGGUGAUAUAACACCCGCUGGAAUACAAAAGUUACUUGAUGAAAACAACCAGCUGAUCCAGUGUAUAAUGGACUUCCAGAGUAAAGGGAAAACAGCAGAAUGUUCACAGUAUCAACAAAUGCUGCACAGAAAUUUAGUGUACCUUGCGACGAUAGCAGACUCCAAUCAGAACAUGCAGUCCCUCCUUCCUGCUCCGCCCACUCAAAACAUGCCCAUGGGCCCUGGUGGGAUGAACCAGAGUGGACCCCCCCCUCAGCCUCCCCACGGUCACAACAUGCCCUCUGAGGGUAUGGUCAGUGGUGGCCCUCCAGCCCCACACAUGCAGAACCAGAUGAAUGGACAGAUGCCUGGGCCUAAUCACAUGCCCAUGCAAGGUCCUGGUCCAGGCCCCAACCAGCCCCCAAACAUGCCCAGUGGCUCUAUGAAUAUGCCCCCCAGCAGCCAUGGAUCAAUGGGUGGUUACAAUCACACCGUCCCAUCUUCUCAGGGCAUGCCAGCUCAGAGCCAAAUGAACAUGACCCAGGGCCAGCCCAUGGGAAACUACGGGCCGCGGCCAAACAUGAACAUGCAACCCAAUCAAGGCCCCAUGAUGCACCAGCAGCCUCCCUCCCAGCAGUAUAACAUGCCUCCUGGUGGUGCUGGACAGCACUACCAAGGGCAACAGACCCCAAUGGGCAUGAUGAGCCAGGUCAGCCAAGGGAAUCAUGUGAUGGGGCAGAGGCCAAUGCCGCCUUACAGACCUCCUCAGCAAGGACCCCCUCAGCAGUAUCCAGGGCAGGAAGACUACUAUGGGGACCAGUACAGUCACGCAGGACAGGGAGCCUCAGAAGGUAAUGCCCAGUAUGGCCAGCAGCAGGAAGCAUAUCAGCAAGGCCCUCCCCAGCAGCAGGGCUACCCUCCUCAGCAACAGUACCCAGGUCAACAGGGCUACCCACCACAGCAGCAGGGUUACGGCCCCUCCCAAAGUGCCCCAGGACAGUAUCCGAACUAUCCUCAGGGGCAGGGACAGCAGUAUGGGGCCUAUCGCCCUCCUCAACCUGGACCCCCACAGGGACAGCAGCAGCGCCCCUACGGCUAUGACCAGGGGCACAUGAGGAAAUAAAGACCCGGGGAUUUGAACCCCUGACUAGCUCUGUAACAAGCAAAGGGCCAGUAUGGAAAUUACCAGCAAUGAGAGAUGGUCACAGCAACCCACACAGCUCUGCCCUGAUCUCUGUCUGAGCUCUGACUUCCUGUCAACUGCUAAGCAGACUUAAAUGAUAGUUGUAGCUCACUGAGAUUCUUUCAGAUGUGAACUUACAACACUCAAAAAAUACAAGAUACGAUUUCCCCUCUCUUUGGGCUCUUGUAUGGCUCCUCAAUGCCAAUAAAAUGUAUUCUGUUCAUCAUGUACAUUGACCUGAUAAUGUCAAAGUCCAUGACUCAACCUCUGGUCCAGUCUCAAAGCAGCAAUGCCUUAAAAAUGGAACUGCCUUAGCCUUUAGCAUUGCAGAUUGUGAAAUAGGCUAACAAAAUUUUGGGUAUCAGAGAUGAUCUAAAUGUACAGUUUCAGUCUACUGUGGUGCAUUGUUUCUCUAUCCCUCAGCUCCUUGUUCAUAAGAAGCAAUAAUGCCAGCAGUAGGGAAAUGUGCGAGGGCUCGAAAUAAUGCACCAGACAAAUUUCCUGCUAGGCCAUGGUACAUGUCUUGAUGUAUGUGAUGAUGUAAAAAUAUAUUUUAUGCUUUUUAGAUCAAGCUAACUUUGUAUAAGACAUUGGAAACUAGUACUAAAGCUGUGUUGUUUAUUUCAUGAAGUGUAUGUGUCAAUGUUUUAUUUUUUUUUUAUGAUCUUUAAAGAUGAUCCCAUCCAGCACAUUUCUUUUUUACUAUUAUGUCUUUGUUGUGUUGGCUUGUGUAGCUAUUCAGUUGGAUCUGCUGCUUCAGUGACAUGAGCACCAUGUGAAUUCUUUCUAUAAAUAAAAAAAAGGAAAAUCGAUUGAUGGACACAGAAAUUCCUCAAAGGGCAAAUAUUAAUAGCAUGCCUGGGAUUAGAACAUGUUUAAUGUCUGAAUACACAUGAAACAAUUGCUGCAUUUGGUUUUAAUCUGUGUAUUAGAGAGAGGGAAAAAAUAUAUAUCAAAUUUACACCAUGAAUAUUUUGUUUACCACAUUACUUAAUAAUAACCGUUAGACAUGCGUUUCAAAGAGUUGAAAUGUAGCAGAUGCCAAUGCAACUUGUAAGUUAAUGCUUUUUUUUUCUUUUUUUCUUUUUUGAAAAAAAUAAAAUACAAGCACCUCAGUCUUGUCCAUUGACUGCAAAUUGGUGAAUGGGAAAGGCCAGACUUGGUAUACAGUACAGGUUUCUUAAAAGUACUUUUUGUUAGUCUUGACAAUGCUGGAAUCCCCCCCUUUUCCCUUUGAAUAAACGUCUGAGUUGAUGUCAUUCAAAUAGUGUUGUCUGUGAAUAAUAAAGUUACUGUCAAAUAUGUAACAUAAGAUGUGAAAAUAAUGUUCUGAAAUGGAUUCCUUAAUUUCACAGUAAAGACUGGUUGUGCAGUUUUAUAUCACUGGCUUGAUAUCUGUUUUAUGGUGCAUACUUUAUUGAUCCCAUAUGUACAGCAGCAUAAAGAAGAGGAAUUCAUUGUCCUCAGAUAUUGUUUAUAUGGCUGUUUUAAUAUUCUGCUUUCUGCACCCCAUCCAAGUGGUCACAUUUGUGUCAUUGCAAUGUAUAACUGUACAUUACAAUAAAUUGGAAGAAUCUUUACUAUA